UGAAGGGACUCAGUAACACAGUCCUUAAGAAGUACGCCUUGCAGGUUACGGAAGCUACAGCGAAAGUGAUCGGGUCGCUCCGUGGUGUUACACUCGGCUCUACUCUGCCGGUGGAAACAGGGGAAGCCCUCGAGCGCGGUGGUGGUGCUCGGGGAAUGGCGGGCGGCGGCAGCGAGAAAAUCGACUACGUGUUCAAGGUGGUGCUGAUCGGGGACUCGGCGGUGGGGAAGUCGCAGAUCCUGGCGCGAUUCGCGCGUGACGAGUUCAGCCUCGACUCCAAGGCCACCAUCGGGGUGGAGUUCCAGACGAGGACCCUCGUCAUCCAGCACAAGAGCGUCAAGGCCCAGAUCUGGGACACUGCCGGCCAGGAGAGGUACAGAGCUGUCACCAGUGCGUACUACCGAGGGGCAGUGGGCGCAUUGUUGGUUUACGAUAUCACCAAGCGGCAAAGCUUUGACCAUAUUCCUCGGUGGCUUGAAGAGCUGCGGAGCCAUGCCGACAGGAACAUCGUGAUCAUGUUGGUUGGCAACAAGACCGAUCUCGAGGACCAGAGAGCUGUAACCACGGAAGAUGCCCGAGAAUUCGCUCAGAAGGAGAACCUCUUCUUUCUGGAAACCUCGGCACUCGAAGCGACGAAUGUCGAGAACGCCUUCCAAACUGUGUUGACCGAGAUCUUCAACAUCGUCAACAAAAAGAACCUGACAUCCGACCCUCAGAGCAACAAUGCCGCACCUACGCAGCCAGGAAAGAAGAUCAUCGUCCCUGGCCCGGCUCAGGAGAUACCCAAGAACAAGACAUGCUGUAACACUUCCUAAGUUUUGUUUCCUUGUGGUAGUUUGUGUGUAGAGUUGUCGUCAGUAAUUGCUAUAUGUCUUCUUGAUUGGUAAUAUCUUAGCGGAAUUCUGGAUUUGGUAAGAAUUGAUUCAGUUUGUAUCAUUUAAUUUCGUUGGAUCA